UCUCACUCACUCCGCCUCCCAACAGUUACAAUGCCGGUAAAGGUAGAACAAUUACCCAGUCCCAUUUGUCAGUUGGGCGAAGGGCCUAUCUGGGACGAGGAGUCUCAAAGUCUGUACUACGUGGAUAUUUUGGGAGCCUCAAUUCAUCGGUACGAUUACGCUGCUAAGAGAACCUUUAGCGCCACCGUCGAUGGCUUGUCACCAAUUUCAUUCAUUUUUCUGGUAGAGGGACGCCCCGGCGAGUUCCUGCUGAGCACUGGCACAAAGUUAUCGCUAAUCAGUUGGGAUGGAAAAUCUACGCAGGGGAAAUUUCUGAAGACCGUGGCUAGGCUGGAGACGGAAAAUGAGGCAUUGCAGUUCAACGAUGGCAAGGUGGACAAGCAGGGUCGGCUGUACACUGGAACAAUGCUGGCGAUGGGUCAAGGCGAUGUGUUCGACGCAAAGGUUGGUACACUGUAUCGUUACGAUGGGAUUGUCGGAGGACGAUUUCAUGAGCAGAAAGAUGGAAUUGGUAUCUCCAACGGAAUCACUUGGGACGAAGAAACAAACAAGAUGUUCUACAUCGACUCGAGUACUUUUGAUAUAAAACAGUUCGAUGUCGAUGGGAAGGGAGAUCUGCUGAACGAGAAGGUUCUGCUACGUUUCAGCGUGCAUGGCCGAAAUCCGGGUUUUGUUGGAGACGGAAUGACGAACGAUACGGAGGGAAAUUUGUACGUUGCGACUUGGGGCGGAGCGAUGAUCUGCAAGAUCAAUGUGAAGACCAAAAAGAUCGAACAGGAGAUAAAGCUACCGGUCUCACAGGUGACCUCGGUGGCAUUCGGGGGACCACAGCUGGAUGAAUUAUAUGUCACAACCGCUGGCACCGCCUUGUUUGACAACCCUCAACGCAAAUGGCUUGAAAAUGAGCGCCCUCCAAACUCGGGAUCCCUCUUCAGAAUCACAGGAUUAGGGGCAAAGGGUAAAGGAAUGUACAAGAUAGUGUUGAAAGAAAAAGGCAAAUAAAUUUUACAAUUGUUUCGGUGUGAAUUCACAA